CAAAUAAUCCGAUUUUUGAAAAAUAAUCGAAAAGUUAAUAAAUUAUAAUAGCUAAUUAGAUGGCGAUUCUUUUUAAUUAUUUAACAUCAUAAUUUUACUUCACAUAAAAAUUUAGAGCCAUAAUUGUAGAUUAAGUUGUAAUUUAAGACAAAAUAAUGUCUAAAAAGAAAAUAAAAUUAGGCCCCACUUACAAUUGCACACAGUGUGGCAAGCAAUUCAGCAAAUUGGGCCUGUUACAAGCUCACAGGAGUACUCACAGCGCAGCCAUGUUCGCCUGUAAAGAAUGCAAGUACAUCGGCACCACAAAGAAAUACCUCGCUCGUCACGUCGAACGGACACACCGGAAGAGCAAACUCGUGAUAAAGUGCGAAUUUUGUAAAAGACGGUUUCAAUUUAAGAGCCAGAUGGAGCAUCACAAGCUUGUUCACACAGGUGAAAAACCCUACAAAUGCAAGACAUGCGGCAAGGGCUUUAAUUCGCAUUAUUCUUUGAAUACGCAUCAGUUUAUUCACACGGGCCAAAAGCCAUUCCAGUGUUCGUUCUGCGACUACGCGUGCCGAGACAGUUCCACGCUGAGAAGGCACCAACAUCGCCACAUGGGCAUCGAGACAGUGUUCAACUGUACUCAAUGCGACAAGCAAUUUAAGAAAAAGUCGCAACUCAAAGUGCAUGUAGCCGAGAAGCAUCUGAACAUAUGUGUGCGGAACCACGAAUGUAAACAGUGCGGAAAGAUGUUCAGGACACAGAAAGAUGUCGGACUACAUGUCAGGAACGUGCACGAGCGCGCUUUCGUGGCCCGCUGCGAGCUGUGCGGGCGCGUGAGCAGCUCGCCGCAGAACCUGGCGGCGCACCUGCGCACGCACGCGCCGCUGCGCCCCUUCGCCUGCCCCACGCCGGGCUGCCCCGUGGCCUGCCGCGACCGGGGCGGCCUCCGGCGCCACGUGGCGGAGAAGCAUUCGGGCGUGCGGCCGCACCGCUGCGACCACUGCGGCAAAGGAUUCUACCGGAAAGCUCACUUGAGAAGACACGUGAACACCCACGCGCCGCGGCGUCGCGCCGUCCAGUGCGACUACUGCAAAGUGUUUUUCUACUCAAAAAAUUACUUAAUAAAGCACAUAAACGACAUGCACAACCCGAAAGCACCUCAAUUGGAAUGUGACGAGUGCGGCUUUAUCACGAGGAACAAAAUUGGCAUGAUCCUGCACUUGAAGGGCAGCCAUGCACCACCGGAAGUGGAAUGCAAGAUCUGCCAUUCGAUAUACAAACGACCGACCUACUUGAAGCUUCAUUAUUUACGAACUCACGGCAUCAGAUACAAGAUGAAACAACGCAAACCGCCCGUGGUGGUGAAAGAAGAACCAGCAGGAUCUGAUGAUGACGACACGUCUUUAGAUCUCUUCGAGGUUGACAAACACGAAUUGGACGACGUUUCAGACACCGAAGCCCAAAAGACAUUAAGCGAGCUUCUGGAAGUAAUUUCCUCAAACCAAACAACUAUACAAGAGCUAGAUGAUCCAGUAAGUUUGAGAGAAAUACAACCCAUGAGGGAAAUUAUUGAAGCAGCGCAAGAAAUUCAAGAAGUUUUAAAUGAUGACUCGAACAACCACAAAGCUGUCGACGAUGUUGACAAAUCUGUUAAUGACAAUGUGAAAAAGUGUACAAGACAACACAAAGGUCAAUCAAAACGUGGAAUUACUGUGCAAUAUAUUGACACUUCUACAAAAGACAAUGCGAAAAAGUUUAAACGUAAAAAAAGGGCAACCACAGAUCAAGAUAAAGAAAUAAAAUAUGAUAAAUCAUCGGAAGACGCUAACACUUCCAUUAAAGACAGUACAAAAAUGUCUAUGCAAGACAAAGGACUGAAUCAAAACUUGGCAUUAUACAAUGAACUUCAGGAAUUAGUGCAUGAACAGAAAACUGCACAAGACGUCAAAGACUUACAAAUUGAAAAUUUACAAGAAAAUCAAUAUGAUAAUCAUAUUGAAAUUGAAGUACCAUUUGAAAUUCCACAAACAAAAAGAUCAAUGGAUAAAUGUCAACAGUUGACUAUCACUCGAACGCCUGGUCUAGAAAUAGGACUCCGAGAAGUAGAAAUAGUCAAAGAAAUAGAACAACCAAUUGAGAAAAAGGAAAUUCCUAUUGAAGAAGAUAAACAAGCAAUAAAGUUAGUACAAGAUAUACAAACAAUGGAAGAAACAUUAAUUCCAUUUGAAGAUAAACAAAAAGAAGAAUUUGAAACAUGUAUAGAAGAAACUAAAGAGACUAUUCAAGAAACAACUCAGUCAUUUGACGAAAUCACUCACCCAAUUGAAGUAACCACUCAGCCAAUUGAAGAAACCACACAUCCAACUGAAGAAACCACACAGCCAAUUGAAGAAACCACACAAUCAAGUAAUGAAACCAGUCAGUCAAUUGAAGACGAAGUUAAGAAUUUUGAAUACUCAAAAGUUACGACCAUGAACGACAUACCAAGAAGUGUCUUUGAGAAAUUUUAUACCUCACACAUUUCUUACAUUGGCAAUAAAGAAAAAGAUCCUCAUCCAAACGUGGAAGAAAAUCUGCAAAAGGAAGUUACAAAACUAAUUCAACAGAAGUUAACUGAAGUGAGACAGAAGAAGCAGGUCAAAGCGUUGGAGCGAGCGAGACGGCAAUAUAACCAGCGGAUGAAGAGGUUUUUGAAUAAUGCUGAUAAGAAAAAAGAAACAGUCAACAGAGAAUUCGUCACCAGGAUAUCAAAACAAAAUAAUAAAAUCAACGAUAAUGAUACAAACGACGGUAAUGAUUCUAAUGAUGAAUCAUUGAAAGAUUUUGAAGCAACUAAUGAAGACCUAAAUGACUCGGAAGCAAUUAAUGAGGAUAUCGAUAGUAAAAAUAAUGAGACAUAUUCACUGAGAAAGAGAGAGAAACGCAAAGUAAAUAAUAAUGAAUCAAUAAAUGAUGUUACUGAUGAAUUAGAUAACGACAAUGAUUCUGAUUAUGAAAAUGAUUUUAAAGAUAAGAAACGAACAAUUAACAAGUUGAAAUUUAAUACCCACCAGUGUUAUGUAUGUUUCAAGCUCUACAAAACGAAAUCACUACUCAUAGAUCACUGCAAAGAACAUUUUGAUGUGUGUUCAGAAGAAUUGUUGAAAAAAUGUCCACUAUGUCCGUUUGUUGGCCGCAAAUAUUUUUCAAAACAUUUGAAAGCCAAACACGAUAUUACUUUAAAUAUUAAUUACGGAACAGUUGGCGACAGGAACGACAAUUCCAACGGAUCUAGGUAUUAUUAUAAUAUAAAGAAUAAAAAUAUAGAUAAAAUUGAAAUAAUACCUAGUGUUCAAAAUCUGAACAGGAUAGCUUAUACUAAAAUUGAUAAAAAACGUCGCGAAGAUAAAGAAAAGGCAGUGGCUAAAACUAAAUUAGUAAAAAAAGGUAAAGAAUGGGUGGUUGAGGAUGAAAAAAUUAACAUCAAAGGCAAAGAUUUUAUAUUGCCCAAAUUCGAUAAAGAGUUGCUGAAAAAUAUCACCGGUGGUGACAAUAAUGAAUAUCUAGAUAAUUUAAAGAAACUAUACCAAAUAGCCAAAAAGGAGGGUAAAAAGAUGCUGUUUCCUUGUCAAAACUGUGACAAAAUUUGCCAAAAUUUAUCAGCGUUGACGUUGCACAGUCGAAAACAUGAUCCAAACGCUAAACCUUUUAAGAAAAAGGUUUGGAAGCAUAAACUUAAGAAUGCUAAUGCUAAAUCGAUGGAUAAGUCGACAAAAACGAAUGAAGUAUCGAAUAAUCGACUAGAGAAGCCGAAACCAAUUAAAAAUAAACAUAAAUGUGAUCCAGAACUAAAGGAAUUCUAUGAAAAAAAUAUUCGAGGUGGUGAUAUCGAGUUUUGGCAGUUUUUAAAAAUUUUUAAUAAGAUGGGGCGUGAAAAUAUUAAAGAUUUUAAAGACCUUAGAGGGAGAUUGGAAUAUGGUAUAGAGCCUAUUACUGCUCAAUGUUCCGUAUCUGAAAAUACUGGAAAUGAUGAAGCUAGCACUAAUCCUGGUGCAGCUCCGCCUAAAAAUGAUAUAUCUACCAUUAAUAAUAAUUUAACUACUACUACUAAAGCUAAAAAUAGAGUUAGAGAAGCGAGCAAAGUAGUUAAAGGUGGUGUUUAUAAAAGAGUUGUUAGGUUAAGUAGAAAAGAAUUUCACCGAAGAAACUUGUUAAAACGUCAACUAAGGGAAAGCAUUGCUAAGAAUUUUAAAAACGUUACAGCAUGUCCUAAGUGAGGAGUAUUUGAGGAUUUUUUCUUUAGCAUGUAGUUAAGCGAGUUAAUUGCAAUUGUGGGUGUAAAAAAUACAAGCUGAUUAGUAGCAUGUCCCUAAAUACUACAUUAUGCCCUGGGAAUGGGGGAAUUUGGAAAGCAAAAACGAAACAAUUUAGUUAUAAUUUAAUCAUAAUGCCAUUUCGAGGAUUAAGGUUGCAUGGUUUUGCUAAUACGGUACUUGAAAUUGCUGUGAAAAAUAUGCUCAGUAUAACCUGACUUGAGUAAGAAAUUGAUAAUGACAUCACAUAAUAUAUAGCUGGGAGACUGGUUGAAUGUUGCCAAGAAAAGACGCAUGGAAGAGUUGCAUAAGGCGUACGUUUGAAAGCGGUUCACUAUAAACAUCACUAACUUGUAAAUGGGAUUAUUAUUGUAAAACGUAAAGGCACUGCACCUGAAAAGGCAUUAUUAGAUUUCAUAUAUUAUUAGAAUGACUUACAUUAAGGCGUGCACAGCCCUUCACUGUUGCAUCAAGCAAUUGAUCUAUUAUUGUCAUCUCUAAAUACAAGAAGACUAGGAGAACAGUUUUAUAGAAUUGAAGAAUUCUUUAGCUUCGAUUGCUUUUAUCUCUGGUUGAGACACAUACCUCACGUGCUACCUCAGUAGCAAGUGUCGUGUGUCCAACAAGGGGCAGCAAGGAUAAGAAGGGAGCAGAAAAGUUUUGCUUCACAGAACCUAGUCUUUGCGCGUUUAGUCCGAGUUUGGACUUUGUCAAUAGUUGCAAUUGCCCCUGUCAAUAAUUGCAAUUGCCCUUGUCAAUAAUUGCAAUUGCCAUUGUAAAUUAUUGCAAUUACCCCUGUCAACAAUUGCAAUUGCUCUGAUUAAUGUCACUCAGCUGAUAAGCAAUAUUUUCUUCAUACAUAGAGGUAAUUUUUAAGUUCUUUAUUUUGUUAUAAGUUCUAAUAGAGGUUUUGAUUUUGUUUGCGU